AUGGUUGGUGUUCCACGGCAUAUAGCAGAACACCGGCUAAAUGUCUCAGAGGAUGCAAAGCCGGUAGUGCAUGCUAAACGACACCUGGGAGACAUCAAGCACGAUGCAAUGAAAGAACAAGUGUUGGAACUGCUAAACGCAGGAAUCAACAGAGAAGUCCAGUAUCAAACAUGGGUAGCAAGCCCAGUAAUGGUAAAGAAACCGAAUGGUAGUUGGAGAAUGUGUGUCGACUACAAAGAUCUGAACAAAGCAUGUCCCCGUGACUGCUACGCUUUACCAGACAUAGACGAGAAAAUAGAUUCUCUGGCAACGUUUCGAUGGAAAUGUUUUCUGGAUUGCUACAAAGGAUACCACCAGGUCCAGAUGGCUGUUCAAUAUGAAGAUAAAACCGCAUUCCGCACGCCAACGGGGUUAUACUGCUACACCAAGAUGCCGUUCGGCUUAAAGAAUGCAGGUGCUACAUACCAACGGCUGAUGAACGAAACAUUCAGUGACGCCAUCGGUAAAUACAUAGAAGUAUACAUGGAUGAUCUGGUAAUCAUGAGCAAGGAGGAGAGCGCGAUGCUGGCAAAUAUUCAGAAAACCUUCAACACGCUGCGCAACGUGAGCAUCAAACUGAAUCCAGCAAAGUGCUCAUUCGGAAUAGAGGAAGGAAAGUUUUUGGGCUUCAUAGUCACUAAAGAUGGUUUUAAGGUGAACCCAGAAAAGGUCCAGGCCAUAGAGAGGAUGCCUUCACCAGCAAACGUCAAAGACAUGCAAAAGCUCGCAGGACGAUUGGCAGCACUCAAUCGGUUCCUAGCUAACCACGCAGCAAAAUCCUUCCCAUUCAUCAAGACCUUGCGCAAUUGCAUGAAGAAAAACCAAUUCCAAUGGACCCCGGAAGCAGAAAAUGCGUUCCGCGAGAUGAAAGACUCUUCCGACAGGGCCGUCGGAGCCGUACUGCUGGUUGAUAGACAAGGUGUCCAAACACCUGUGUAUUACGUGUCCAGAACCUUGACAGACCCAGAAACCAGAUACACAAUCAUGGAAAAGCUCGUCCUUGCACUGAUUCAUGCGUCAAGAAGGCUGCGCCGAUAUUUCGCCAAUCACGUCAUCCACGUGCUAACAAAUUACAAUAUUGGGAAUAUCCUAGCAAGGCCAGAAGUAUCAGGAAGGUUGGCCAAAUGGGCGAUAGAGCUAGGGGGACACAACGUAGUCUUCAGACCACGACCGUCGAUCAAAGGCCAAGUUUUGGCAGACUUCAUGACGGAAGUUACGGAUGACAAAGACAGAGAGUGUAAAGCGAUGGAGAAAGCUGAGAAAAAACAAACCGAAGAGCCAUGGCUGCUGUAUACAGACGGUGCAUCCAACGAAGAUGGGGCAGGCGCGGGGCUACGGCUAGUAAGCCCUGACAAACACGAGUUCACUUACGCCAUACGCCUAGACUUCAAGAGCACAAAUAACGAAGCAGAGUACGAAGCCUUUCUGGCCGGCUUGCGUUUGGCAAUCAAAAUGGGAGUCCGACACAUUGAAGCACAUGUGGACUCCAUGUUAGUAGCAGGCCAAAUCAAUGGUCAAUACGAAGCCAAGGGCGACAUAAUGGCACUCUAUCUCAACCAAGCAAAGACGUUGCUGCAAACCUUCUAUUCUUACAAGGUGCACCACAUAAACCACAGUGAAAACAAGCCGGCAGACGCCUUAAGCAAGCUUGCGUCAACAAGCUUCCAGCACCUAGCCAAAGACGUGCGCAUAGAAGUUUUAAGCAACCCAUCUGUCCCACUCAGAGAAGUCAGCGUCAUCCAAACAGGAACCACGUCCUGGAUGACACCCAUAAUCAUGUACUUACAGUCCGGGAUACUUCCAGAAAAUAAAGCUGAGGCACCGAAAAUCCAGUAUAAAUCAGAACAUUAUCAGAUGGCAGACGGGAUAUUGUACCGAAAGUCAUAUCUCGGCCCGCUGCUAAGAUGUGUUGACGCCGACGACGCAAAUUAUCUGAUCCGGGAAGUACAUGAAGGCAUCUGCGGUAUCCACGCCGGGCCGCGCAUGGUAGUGGCAAAAGUAAUGAACGCCGGUUACUACUGGCCCGGAAUGCACCUCGAUGCCGUGAAGGAAUUAAGGAAGUGCAGCGGUUGCCAACGGCAUGCACCAAAAACCAUGCGUCCAAAAAACGAAUUGGUACCAGUAACAACCGCAUGGCCCUUUCAGCAAUGGGGCAUAGACAUGGUGGGCCCUUUCCCAGAAGCUCCGGGGGCAGUCAAGUUCAUCAUCGUCGCGGUCGAUUACUUCACCAAGUGGGUGGAAGCAAAAGCACUUGCGUCAACCACAUCGGCAGUCGUUAAACGAUUCAUCUCGGAACAAAUCAUAUGCCGGUUCGGCCUGCCACUCCGAAUCAUCACCGACAAUGGCACAAACUUUGCAGCAGAUGAUCUCGAACGAUGGUUCAAGGAACUAAACAUUGAACAUACCUUCUCGUCGGUCGCACAUCCGCAAGGGAAUGGUCAAGUUGAAGCGGUCAACAAGAGCAUCGUCGAUGGCAUCAAAGCGAGGCUCGGUGAAAAAAGACGAGGGUGGGUCGAUGAGCUACCAAGCAUAUUAUGGGCCCAUAGAACAAUGCCCAAAACAAGCAAUGUAGAAACACCUUUCAGCUUGAAAAACCAGGGAAACUGGCUCCCAAAUGGGAAGGCCCGUACAUCAUUGAUGAGGUCCUCGGCAAGGGGGCAUACAAGCUACGCACCAUGA